CAACAAAGUCAACACUCACCAAUACAAUACAAUCCGUGUUAAACAACUCUCAAGUAUUGCGCUGCACAAAGCAGCUAAAAUCUUUCCCCUAAAAAAAAAAAAUCAAAACAAUGGAAACCCAGAUCGAAAAUUUCACAUACAUAAUCACUCCAACAAUCGUAAUAAUACUGGUUUUUCUGGGAAUCAAGAAGCGGUUACAUAAAAAUGGAGAGAGAAAAUACCACCCAAUUGGUGGGACCAUGAUUCAUCACCUCAUUAACUUCAAGAAGCUUCAUCAUUACAUGACUCAUCUUGCUUCCAAAUAUAGGACUUACAGAAUUAUUACGCCGUUUCGAAACGAGAUUUACACUUCUGAUCCUGCUAAUGUUGAGUAUAUUCUCAAGACCAACUUUGAUAACUAUGGCAAGGGGGAUUACAACUAUGGACAUCUUAGUGAUCUACUGGGUGAUGGGAUAUUUUCGGUGGAUGGGGAAAAAUGGCGCAACCAAAGGAAAGUAUCUAGCCAUGAGUUCUCUACAAGGGUGUUGAGGGAUUACAGCAGCGAGAUCUUUCGGACAAAUGCUGUUAAACUAGCAAAGAUAAUCGCCGAUGCUGCAAGUGCUGACCAAAUUAUGGACAUCCAAGACUUGUUUAUGAAGUCAACAUUAGAUUCAAUUUUCAAAGUUGCAUUUGGAGUUGAGCUGGACAGUAUGUGCGGCUCAAGUGAAGAAGGGAGGGAGUUCAGCCAGGCUUUUGAUGAUGCUAGCGCUUUAUCCCUGUACCGGUAUGUAGACAUCCUUUGGCCAAUCAAGAAAUUUCUCAACAUUGGUGCUGAGGCUAGACUAAAGAAAAACAUCAAAAUCGUAGAUGAUUUUGUUUACAAAUUAAUCAGUAACAAAGUGGAGCUGAUGAAAAGUCCACAAAGCAAUUUUUCAGAAAUUCAGAUUAAGAAGGAUGAUAUCUUGUCCAGAUUCUUGGAGCUGAAAAACACUGAUUCUAAGUAUCUGAGAGAUAUAAUUUUGAACUUUGUGAUUGCGGGCAAAGACACCACAGCAUCUACACUGUCAUGGUUUAUUUACAUGCUUUGUAAACACCAGAAUAUACAGGAAAAGGUUGCUGAAGAAGUAAGGAAAUUUACAAAAAUGGAAGGGGGAGGAAAAUUUUCAGAAUUUGCUGCUAGUUUGACUGAAGAAUCACUUGAAAGAAUGCAGUAUCUUCAUGCUGCAUUGACAGAGACUCUCAGACUCUAUCCAGCAGUUCCCGUGGAUUCGAAGAUGUGUUUUUCCGAUGAUACACUCCCUGAUGGUUAUAGUGUGAACAAAAGAGACACAGUGGCUUACCAACCCUAUGCAAUGGGAAGGAUGAGUUUUAUUUGGGGUGAUGAUGCAGAGGAUUUCCGGCCAGAAAGAUGGCUUAGUGAAGACGGCGUCUUCCAGCCAGAGAGUCCGUUCAAGUUCACAGCCUUUCAGGCAGGCCCACGAAUUUGCUUGGGUAAGGAAUUUGCUUACAGGCAGAUGAAGAUCUUUUCUGCAGUUCUGUUGAGCAGUUUUAUCUUCAAACUCAGUAAUGAGAAUAGUACAGUGAAUUAUAGGACAAUGAUAAAUCUUCAUAUCGAUGGUGGUUUACACAUUUGUGCUCUUCAUCGAGAAUAAGUGAGAUUAAGAGGAAAAGUUUGACUGCAUUUUGCUCUGUUAAGUGAGGAUUUGAGAAGCCAAUAGUUAUCAGGCUAUCAGCAGCAUUACAUAGCACAUUAGCAGCAGCUAUUAUCAAUCAGCAAGAGAUGUGCUUAUAAGGAUGAAGGUGAAUUUGCAGUAUCCAUUUGGUUUUGGGCAGCAAAUUGGCCUCCUGAGGUUUUUUGGGAACCCUAAGAAGUGCCUCGAUGCAUAACCUUAUUGGACCGAAAAUGUUAUCUAAAAGCUAUGUAAAUUACACAAAAUUUGGCCAUUAUGGAAGAUUUUGAGACUCGGUAUAGAAAACUCUAAUUGUAGUUGGGGAUGCUUCCCGUGGUAAUAAAAUGUUGUUUGGAA